GGAAUAUGUCGGGAGAUCACUAAAUAUGGCGUUUGGAUACUCGAUAAUUUGUAAAUAACAUGUGAAAAGUUUGCUAAUGAUUUGGCAAAGAAAUUGCUAAUGAUUGUUUUAGAAAAUUCAGAAUCUAGGGAUUCAAAAAAGAUUUCUACAGAAAUUAAAAAUAAAUCAUCAGUGGUCUGUACAACAAAUUUCUGAGUAUCUCAAGACAGAAUCCGCCAAUAAAUUCAUUAGAAACCUAUCAAACGUUAUUACCAAAGAAUGGGUCGAAAAUUCAAACAUUAUAUUGAGUAUAAUGUUAUGGACUUUGAACUUUUUUGCUCUGAAAUGGACUUGUAUUUUGACAUAAAAUAAGGCUUCAUGAUAAAAUUGAGAACAACAUUACCUGUGGCAUUACGUUAACUGUAUACUACAACACUCAGGCUUAAGAUCAUACCUUGAUUUGAUCUUAAGUCAGAAUCAAGGAUUUCACAUUUUGAAGAAACUAUUUACCUUCUUCUUCUUCUUUGUGGCUCUACGUCCGCACUGGGACUUGGCCUACCUCGCUUCAACUUAGUGUUCUUUGAGCACUUCCACAGUUAUUAAUUGAAGGGUUUCCUUUGCCUGCCAUUGCAUGAAUGUGUAUAUUGGGAGGCAAGUACAAUGAUACACUAUGCCCAGGGAGUCGAGCAAAUUUUCCCGACCGGAACGGGAAUCGAACCCGCCGUCUCCGGAUUGGCGAUUCAUAGCCUUAACCACUAGGCUAACUGGAGACCCCCUAGUUACCUAGUUUUUCUAAUUGACACAUUCUACCGUGACGUCCAAUGUAAACUAUAUGUUCAACUGAUCAUAGGGUAUGUGUACCAUUCCUUGGCCUAAUAUGUCAGCCGCUUUGACAAUUUUGACCAUAACUCGUUAAUUAACAGCACUUGAAAGGAUGUGUUGACCCUAUCACGCACUCUAGGCAGUACAUGUUUAUCCAAUUGGAAGUAAACUAACGUAAAUAUUCAAGAACUUACAUAAUUAUGUUAAAAAGAUUCGAUGCGAUGGUAUGUAACAUUGGUCUACGGUACAAAAAUUGGCCCAUUGGAUACAAUGUUGGCCUAUUGCUUUCCAAGCGCUAGAACCACUUAUUCCCUCAUUUUUUAAGGACAGACUAGUUAGAAUCCCAACAUGGCCGCCACAAUGGCCGACUUUGGCACCUUCUCACGAUUUCGAGGGCACAAAUCUCUUCGUAAACAAAACCAGCGCACCUGAUCUUCUUAUUUUAAGCUUAUUGCAAGUGAGCAAGAACAGAAUAAUAAACUGCUUUGUUGUGUAACGCCUUCUUGAGAUUUGUGUGUUUGAAGUUUUGAUGCAGUGUUGAAGCGGGAUGUCAAGACGUUUGUCCUUAAUAUUUCUGCUGAAGUAUUAUCACUGUUUGUUCACCAAUCUUGCUUUCAAACUACCCAAGUAACCAGUAAGCAUUUAAAAUAGCAUUCCUUCAGCAUUAUAGUAGCCUUUACGACAAGGCAUUUAAUGCUAAUUAGCCGUAUAUGCGCCUAUAGUGCUACUUCACAGCAUGUUUUGGCAAAAUAACGGGCUGUCUUAGUGCUAUUCCUUUAGGAACGUCGUGACGAAAUAUCAAAGAAGCGUAACGCCUCGUCGAGCAAAAAAAAAACAAAAAUAGAUUGACGUUUGCUUCUCGUUCUCUCAGCCAGCUUCCCCGCUUCAUCGUCCUUCCAUAUUCCAGGCGGUGCUAGGUGGUACUUUUUUGCUGAUUUUUGUAGUGAUGUAGGUUUGAACUCACGAUCCGGAGAUUGAUGAAUCAUAUCUGCUUCUGAUUCUGUUGCUCCUGAUCCACGAUGCUAGAGCUGUUCCGGUGGCGUGCGUUGAUUUAAUCGCCAAUAUAAAGAAUGAUUCGAUAACAGCUUCAGAUUCAACAACCAAAACUUGUUUUCAUUGAGAUGUUUCAUUGUAGUAGAGCAUAACGAUCCCUUCUUUUAAAUAUCUGUGGAAUAUGAUUCGUUCUUCCCUCUUUCAAACAAUCCUAUGAUCCACCAAAGCAUCCACCUAUUAGGCACACAUUUUCCGACGAAAUGAUGAAUAAUUGGUGAUUUUUUGAUGGACAAAUUCUCAAUCCAAUCCAGCUGCAGUAAUGUGUUCUUUGGUGCUUUUGGAUGAGUAGGGGAAAAUUAAGAAACAAAUAAGAUGCACAAAUUUGUAAACAGAAGCAUAGGCUCUGUAAGAGAGAGACAAUAUGUGUUGCCAAAUGCGUAAAAUAUCUCCCAACCUUUUUGCUCCUAGCAUUUAAAGAGCAGUUGAAAAGCAUUCUGAUUGCUCCCAAGUGAAAACACUUCAAGCAGUUGAAAUGCUAAUUAACAGCCAAAAGCAUUUGAGCAGCACAGCUUAUGCUAACUCAAGGCAGUUAUGCAUUCGAACUGCUUAUGUAGGGCAGCAAGCAGUUUAAAUGCAUAAAAGGGCUGAUACACGGCUUAUUCAAAUGCUUAGUGGUUACCUGGGUACAUUUUCACAUAACCAUAAAUAAAUCACUUAAACUAAAGUUCUUUCCUAAUUUAGUAACGAAAACAACGCAACCCUAUUAUUGUGUUAUAUUUUUACAAUCUUCGCAAACAAAAUCUUUUUUCCUGUUCGUUUUUUUCUGGUUCAUUCGCAAGCAAUGUUGUUGACGUCACUUUUUCGGUGUUGUUGACGUCACUUUACUGAUGGGCCAAGAUUUGGGUACAUACUUAGUGAAAAAUGUCCUCAAUAAUUGGCCCACAUUUAAUUUGUAAAAUAGUUAUUUUUCGUUGGAAACAAAUAUACAAGUUCAAAAUAGCGUUUUUAGCCGUCGCAUAAAAUGUUCAGUUAUCGAAAAGUCAAUUCGAAAUAUUCCAGAAUCAUGGCAUUUAUGACCAUGUGUAUAGACUACCCACUAAGCCGAAGAAUCAUGGCGCCUACAAGAGCUAAACAAAGUGACAUUUUCAUUCAAUUUUAAUGCUCCAAAGUGCUAAUAUUGAAACGAAAUGUUACAGUUGUUUGGCGCAUAGCUUUUCCAAUAUCCAGUUAAGCGUGUUUGUUAGAGUUUUUGGUUAACGUUAAGAUAGGCCGAACGAGGGGACUAUGUCAACGAAGCAGCAAAAACCAAACAGUUAUUUCUAUGUCAAGUGGUUUUGGAACAUGGAUUUUAGAACGGCUGACAAAAUUACACCAGCUUUCACCCGCGCACAUCCAGCGCCAAAAUGUCCCAUAAACUUCAAUAAAAUUCCCUGACUUUCCAGGUCCAGAAAUAAAUUCCCUGACAUUCCCUGACUUUCCAGAUGUUUCCAAGUAGUCGACACCCUGACAAAGAGAAACAAUCAUCAAAAGCAACAAUUUCGUUAAAAAUGUGUAAUUUCCGAAAUAAGCACUAGCAACACAUGAGCCACUCAUCCGAAAAUCAGGAGCAAGUUAGGGUAAACCGACCAUAUUUUUCGGGUUCGUUUGGAAGUUGACCAUCAAUGUUAACUUCUUUUCCCGAUCAGCCUAGAUAGCUGUGUAGUGUCGGUAGCGAUUGUCUCAAUUAACUAAGAAUAACACUAUGGAUCGCCUGAUCCAGUGGUAAAAGUCCACUAAGCAGGUGACCCCUAAUUCAUGGUGUUAUGCGGCUUUAUGCUUACCGUGCCAAGGAAUGAAUGGUUAGGGGGUUCUAAUAAAAACCUAACCACAAAUGGAGCCUGUGGAGAAUUAGGGUGUCCUCCACAGUGUUACUCCCUUACUGCGCAAACCGGAGCAAUGGUGCAGUGGACCUUACGUUUAUCCGGGCUAAUCAGUUGGCCUUCUUAAAUCUCAAAUUUGAGGCUAAACAAGGGCGGGAUUAUUCAAAUGUUGUAAAUUAGCUUACAUUACUACCUAUAUGGCUUCGCCUAGUGCGUUUUCGCCAUUGGCGUUUUUUUUAAAUUGAACCGAUUUGAUUUGUCGUUAGUGUUUCCUUUUUGUAAUGUGAUUGUGAAGAGUGUAAUCCUGUCUAGUUUGGGUGGUGGCUACGGCUAGGAAACCUUAGACCAAUUUUCAGCGUAAAAAGCUUGUGUAGCCCAAGUGGCUCUACUUUAAAAAGUUCAUUUUCGUAGGGUAACUUCUGUAUAGGCUACCUUGUGAACCCAGUUUUGCUUCUUCCAUUAUGAAAAAAGUGUCGUGCCUCAAGCAUACUAUAUCUUAGAAUAACGUUAACAGUAUGUUUCAAUCUUUCCUUAUGGAUGCCUUCAGCUCUUGUAUUCAGCAUCUUUUCGCUGAUAUUUGGCAGUUCAGUCAGGUUUUUUUUUACGCGGGGGAUACGUACCGCGUAAAAAAACUCAGUUCAAAAUUUAAAAAAAAACGCGUAAAAAAAGUCUCAUCAUUUCUCGACGAAUCAUGCAAAAAUAAGACGAUGAUUUUUUUUUUGUAUGGAGUUUUCAUUUGCGCGGCCGCGUAAAUCAAAACCGCGUAAAAAAAGACCUGACUGUAUUGCUACGAUGAUUAUAUCAUCUGAAGUAGCUCAAACAUUAUUUUGAGAUGCUUCAGUUUGAUGGAUUACUUAGGCAGUACAGUCCAUGGAUAACUUAACAUAGAAUAGCACCAAACCCAACUCUCAUGAGCAGAUUUUAUCAUGAGUUGACUGAUUAGCAGAUGAGGAGUCUCUAUUUGACUUUCUUUUCACUUUUGAGUGUUCCUUCGCAAAAUUUGCGUAUUCAGGCGUCCCUGUUGUGGUAUACCAUAACUAUUGCUUUGAAAGAAGCUGGUCUUCUGCGGUCUGUGCGGACCGCAACAGAUAUUCCUGAAUGGAACUCUGAUCUGUUCAAGUUCAAAAUAUCUUCGGAUAAACCAUUCUUUUGUAUAGUUACGAAUCUCUAUCUUCCACCCGAGAAUUAUAGCUGUAUAAUCGACUUAGUGGGUCCUAAAAUGCUCCGUUUACUUCAAAUCUCCAGGGGCAAAUGGGGUUUUGUCCUAUUUUUCUCCAGAGGGAUUUUUUUUUUUUUUUUUUUUUUUUUUUUUUUUUUUAAAGAGUGACCAGGUGGAGCUGCAGGACAGCUGAUAGCAAAGCCUGGACCCUUUCCCAACUUUCCCCCUACUAGGACCAAUACUCACGAUGGACUAGACGAUGUCGUCAACUUGAGCAAAGUGUGUAGUAAUUAGCAUUGGGUCGUAGUAGUUUUUAAAAAUACUGUUUUUAACUUUUCCCAUCGCACUAGUGUUUUGAUCGAAUGGAAGCUCCAAAGAUGAUUUGAUAAUUGAACAAUAUUUCAAUAAUCGAAAAUCUCCGAGGUCACUGGACAACAUUCAGAGAUAAAAAAGGGUGUCUAUGACUAUGUUAACGCCUUCAGAGUACUAUUCUUAAGAAAUAUACAAAGAGCAAAAAGAAAAAAAAAAUGUGUCGUAGCUAAUUUUUAAAGAUUUGAUAUUUCUGAAAAUUAUUCGAAGACAGCUACCAGAACUAGCGUUUUUAGCCGAUAUGGGCAACUAGUUUUGCUGACAGCUUCCCCAAACAAUAAUCGGAUAAUAUCCUCAGUUAUUUUAUAAUACAUUCUGAAAAUUAUUUCAAGCUGAUUACCAAUAGUGUCAAUAACCGAUGUUAGUCAUUGACAGCACCAGCAUCAUCCCAAAUAACUCUCAUAUUAGUGUUAGAUAACACUUUUUGAGCUUCCACUCGAUAUUGUAAAGAAAUUUGUCAAACCCUAUUUGUCAAAAUAUAGUCAAUAAUGUAUCAAAUUGUGUUCCUAAUUUCGCUAGUCGUCUUCUGCAUAUCUGUGAUCAUCUCAGUCCAAAGUAAUAUUAUAUCCAUCGUAACCCUUUACAAUGUCAACCGUCCUAAGUCCUAACUAAAUUCCUGCUUUUUUUGAUCAGUGAAAUAAUACCGUCUAAGAUAUAAAAACAAAAAAGUUCAGUCAACUGAUUUUUGUCAAAAAUAAAAAUGAUAAUGAUUAUUUGGCAACUUUUAUAAAUUCACAAAACCCAUAAAAAUAAGAAAUACAAAUAUAAACUUCUAUAAUCAACAGUUUUAUCUUUACCUAAUCAGUCCAUAAUUUUCUAAUUGUAAUGAAUCUAAUCUGUAAGGCUGUAAGUCAACUUAUCCUAGCGUCCCCUGUCCUGUGUACUAACGAAUUCAAGUAACGAAUGAUGAGUGUAACGCAGAGACCUCCUCUACCCACUCUUGCGUUACGUUAAAUUUAACAAUUAUUGUUAAAUUUGAGAAAAUUCAAAGAAUGCAAAGAUUAGGUCUAUGCAAGCUGAAUUAUAAUUUGUUUUUGACUUGUGAUAAAUGCACGACGGAUACUCCUUUGGUUCCCAUUAGCACUUACGGCGAUUCCUUCACUUGCGCUCAACUCGUAAACUAGAUAUAUCUAGCUCAAAGUACAAGCGGUGGAGAAUGAACUGGCGCUAAAGUGCUAAUGGGUUAAGCCCUCCCAUCGCGUCAAGAUCGAAUAUCCAGGGGGAGGGUAUUUUUCUCCAGAGGGAUUUGAGUAUUUUAAACAUGUUUUGAACUCUUGUAGUUUUCUAUUGGGUAUUUUCAUGGCGUGAAAUUACUCCAUAGUUUUAUCCCGAAAGGCUGCGUGCGUUGUAUAAAGAAGGAAUGAGUUCCAAGAUUUAUCUGGUUACCUCCUUCUUUCUGAAGUGCUUAAAACGCAUAGUCAAUUAUCACAUCUGUGAUGUUCGUCUGGCUAACAUGCCUAUUCAUGUGAACUCACAUGCCUUCCAAAUUGGGAUGUCCACAGUGACUCUUUUACAAGAAGUUGUAUACGUUUUCAAGAAAGUACUCGCUUAACCGUAGUUUUUGCUUGGGUGAUUUCUUGACUAUUGAGGAUGCUUUCGAUGACGUGCCUUUCAAUGUCAUAUUGAAAGUCGCAUGAUGUCACAAGUUACCUCCGAUGAGGUAUAGGCUCUCUUUACGCUUAUGCGUUUUACAAUGUGUUUUUCAGGGCACUGGGAUGGGCUAUGAGCUCUCGUUGCGUUUCCCGAGCAGGAACGAAUAACUGACACACAACUACAGCAUACCAAGAUGAGGUAUUGGUCGGUUAGCCUGGUAUUGAAAAUAACUAAUUUUGGUAUUGUGUAGGUAUUUAUGAAAUACCUCAACGAGUUAUUGGUUUGGUGUUGAGCACGCUCGCGUCAGAAUACCCAUUUUUUUCAUUGCUAUCUCUGUCGUUCUUCAAGAGGCUCCAUUUAAAAAUACCCAUUUAUGAGUUGGGCCGCCCAACUUGAAAAUGGGUAUUUUUAAAUGGAAUCUUUUGAAGAGCGACAGAGAUAGAAAUGAAAAAAUGGGUAUUCUGACGGGCGUGAGGACUGUUUGAGGUAUUAUUCAGUUAUGGAAAAUCACUAUUUGUAUGGAAAAAUCGUCGAUUAUUAUUUAGGUAUUGCCAUACCUGAUGCCAUUAUUCACGUGUUAUGCACAGAAUACACACCAGUUAUUAUUUUAGGUAUUUUACCUCUUAUGCAGGGCUACUUAAUACCUCAUUCAGGUUGUACGUAUUCGGCUUACCUGAGUUUGGUAUUCUUCAGCUUUUUUCUCCUGCUCGGGUUAUGCGUCCAUUCCCUCUUCUAGGGUACCCCUUCCUAUUUCAUCACCUUUCCCCAUCCCUUGUCCCAUCCUCCCUCAGAUAAAUGAUGAAAUAGGCUUAUAUGGCACAAAUUUCCCAAAUGGAGGAUAACGUGCCUUUGGAGCCGGCCUUCUGAUACCUGAUACCUGAUAGUCGUCCUUUACCGUAACAAACCGAGAGAUCAUCCAAAAAUUGAACGUGUUUUCCAAUAUAAGAUAAGAUAAAAUCAAUGAAGAGAAAUCGAUCAUUGCAGAUACGGAGUGCGAGCGUCCUUCUUCUUCUUCUUCUAGGCGUAACGUCUUCGCUGGGACAAAGCCUGCUUCUCAGCUUAGUGUUCUAUGAGCACUUCCACAGUUAUUAACUGAGAGCUUCCUCUGCCAAUGACCAUUUUGCAUGUGUAUAUCGUGUGGCAGGCACGAAGAUACUCUAUGCCCAAGGAAGUCAAGGAAAUUUCCUUUACGAAAAGAUCCUGGACCGAUCGGGAAUCGAACCCGUCACCCUCAGCAUGGUCAUGCUGAAUACCCGUGCGUUUACCGCCUCGGCUAUACUGCCUAUGAUCGCAUAAUUGUCCCAUAUGAAUAGGAAACCCAGCAAAGAUGGGACUGAUAUGCGAUCAUGGGCAGUAUAGGGGCCCUACUCAAAACAAAAAAAAAAUGAAAAACUGUUUGUUUUGUAUUUUUUUUUUAAAUUUUGCAUGUUUUAGAAGUGACCACGACGUAAUCGCUUAUUUUGGAAUAGGAUGUAUCUGAAAUCGAAGGAUUACUAAUGUCACUGAAACUCUAAUUUAAUAUAUUUGUGUCAAGGCUAAUAAUGGUUAUUAAAAAAAGAACAGCUUUUGUGUUUAUGAUGAUGAGACGAUUAUACACGAUGACGAAUUGUUCAACUUUAACCUUAUUAGUUCCGUUUAACCACACAAACAUGCCAAUCCCAUCGCAUCGUUCGUAAUUUGAUACGUGAAAAUUGAAACAAAAUUAUCGGCAAGAAAGCCGAAUAAUGCCAGUCCUUCGACCACGCCCACAGGUACAGGGAUUGUACAAAAUUAUUGGUACAGGAAGUGUUUUUUUUACUUCCUUCAUGGUGAACUAAUGAUGACAAUAUUGUAAUCUGCAUUUUUUGAGACAAUCCCAGCUUGAAAAUAAUAUGACAAACAUCAUUCACCGCACGUUUAGAGAUGUUUAAUCUCUCAUUACGAUUUUCGAGGAGUAACUACGAAUUACUCCUGAAUUACUGUUGAAGAGCAAUUAUCAAAAACUUUUGAUUUUGAGUGCAUCAUAAUUGAUUAUUCAUAAGUUGAAUAGUACGAAACAAAUUUAGCUUUUGUUUUGUCACAGGCAACAUGUAGUAAUUUUAAAGGGUAUACAGGAGGUGACCAAAAUGUUUGGGAUAGGUAACUUUUUUUCUCUCACAAAAAAGUUCAACAUGCUAUAACUUUUUAUAGAGUGCAUCAAAAAAUCUCAAAUUUUCACUGUUUGUCAACCUAUUAUAUGUGCAUCAUUGGUACAAAUUUGGGCUCGAUUGAUUAAUGUUUCGCAAAGUGAGAACAGUUCGGGUAAAACACUAUUUUAGACAACUCAUUUUUUAGCUGUCAUAUCUCGGAAACCAGUGAACCGAAUUGAAUGAAAUUUUGAACGUACACUAACAAUAUGUGAAUGCUUCACAAACUAUUAAAAUCUCUAAUCAGAUAUAUUAGAGCCUAUUUAGAUUGAAGGAAGAACACAUUUAGUAAUUUUGUGUGGUAUUGUAAAUUUGACUUAUUUUCCUCUAUAUGGGUAAAAAAUUCAACCCGGUAUAACUUAAUUUACCGUGAGAAAAUAUUACAUUUUAUUAUGUCGUAUUAAGUAUCAAUAUAUUGUUGAAAAACGUUAAAAAAUUCAUUCAAUUCGGUUCACUGGUAUCCGAGAUGUGACAGUUCAAAAAUUAGUUGUCUAAAUAAUAGUGUUUUACCAGAACUGUUCUUACUUCGCGAAAAAUUAAUUAAUCGAGCCCAAAUAUGUACCAAUGAUGCACAUAUAAUAGGUUGACAAACAGUCAGAAUUUGAGAUUUUUUGAUGCACUCUAUGAAAAAUUACAGCAUGUUGAAUUUUUUGUGGGAGAAAAAAAGUUGCCUACCCAAACAUUUUGGCCAUCCCCUGUAUCUAAAAAUGAAACAGAAAGCUCAGUUACUAUGUUCUAACAUUGCAUUAUUUUACAGAAAGUGAAGCAAUUCAUUUUUUCUAUCCCCUGUAUAUGCAAAUAACUUGAAAGUUAUGUAACAAACCCGUAUUUAUUGUGCAUCAAGAUCAACCUAUUUUCCCAUUCAGUGCCAAACCGCCGAAACGAUGCGUUGGUUUAGGACGAAAUCGAAACCCCCGUCCAGUACUAUAUUUGGCGAAUACUGUGCCACCAGUUCGGUGCACGGAGUGCGUUACUUCAGCGAUCCGGAGCGAACCUGGUGCGAAAAAUUCUGGUGGAUUGUGAUGUUCUUCGUGUCGGUGGUUGGAUGUGCCAUGUUGAUUGAGAGUUCUUGGCAAAAGUGGAACCUAACGCCAAUAGUUAUGAACUUCGAGAACCAACCGAUUUCGGUCACGGACAUUCCGUUCCCUUCGGUUACCAUCUGUCCACCGGGAAAGAUAUCCAAAUCGUUGUAUGACUUCGAUGGAGAAGUUCGGGAAAUCGAGGAAAACGGAGUUUACGAUAAUGCAUCAGAUAAUUUUCUGGCGGCUGUGCAGCUUUGUCAAAUUAUGUUCAAAUUCAGUAAACACUAUGACAUAGCACUACCAAGAAAGAGACAUUCAUUAAGUUAUGCGUUGGUUGUCGAGAAUGUUUCAGUCUCUAUGGAAAACUUUAUAGGAAAAUGUGAAUUUGAUGAUAAAGAUUCAUUAGUAUAUUUACUGCAAUACGUUAUGACUGAUAUGGGCCUUUGCGUGAACUUCAAUAUGCUCCAGAAACAUCGGAUGUUGCGGAAGGGAUCGUUUCCCGUGAACGACCCAUUUAUAUUUCUUCGUGGCAGAUAUCUACGAAGCGGGUAUGACGACAAUGGACGACCCAUAAAUUUCAAAGCUCUUGCAAAAGUUCAAAACGUCACUUCCGAUACAACGUCGACAACACAUCCUCGGCGCUUCCAGAGAAGAUUCGUUUCCAAAACAUUGAACGAAACCAAUGUUUGGUCCCCAGAAGGAGGGUACACCACCAUGGAUUCUCGAGGCCGGAUACCUUUUCGGGGACUAGGAGUUGGAAGGUACACGGCAUUCAACUUAGUCUUGACUGGUCACAAAAACGACCUGAGCGAUACAUGUGACGAUUCGCGACCCCGAGGUCACAGGGUUGUUCUUCAUUCCCCGGCAGAUUAUCCGCAAAUGAUAAACUCGGUUGUAAUUCCAUUUGAGCAUGUAACUCAGCUAGCUGUUAAACCUCUCGUCGUCAGAACAAGUCCCGAAUUGCGCAGAUACCUGCCAGAAAAACGUAAAUGCUUCUUCGGAGAUGAACGCUAUCUCAAAUACUUCCUAAUCUACACUCAGAACAACUGCGAGAUCGAGUGCCUAUCGAAUUACACCCUCGACCGUUGUGGUUGUGUGAAAUUCAACAUGAUGCGCUCCGAACAAAUGAAAGUCUGUGAAACGAAUCAAUUUCCAUGUCUUCACAAUGCCAUAUCUGAAUUCGUGAAAAUAGACAACCCGUUACGAAGGAUUUAUUUUGGAAAAGCACCCAAACUGAAUGCUUUCAGCUACCGAUCAAAGUGUAAUUGUCUGCCAAGCUGCACCACGUAUCAGUACGAUUUCGAGCUUUUGAAACAAGGCUUUCAAAGCGGCGGCAACAUUGACGGCAUUUCUGCAGAUUUCCUGGGAACUCUCAGCAUUUUCUUCAAGGAGCCGCAGUUCAUCGCGAUGGUUCGAUCAGAACUGUACGGACUAACGGACUUCGUAGCCAACUGUGGAGGUCUACUAGGGCUAUUCACGGGCACCAGCUUGUUGAGUCUGAUCGAAAUAGCCUACUUCUGUUUUGUGAGACCAUGGAACAGAAGGAAAAGAAGACUUAGCAGGGUCAGUGAUCUAUCAGUGCCACAUUCCAUCGCCAUGUGUCGAAACAUUUUCAGUAACUGAGAAGAAACAGGAUAGAAUGAAAGUUUAGGAAGACAAAUGUGGGUAGGUAUAUUGUAGUACAGUGUAUUUGGGAAUGUUUCAACCAGUGUAAAUUUCACUGGCUACCCUCAAUUAGUUUCCAAACAAAGAUCUCUACGAGCAAUUUUCUGGUUUACAGCAUUUUUGAACUCGGUAAGCUGACGAUCAUUUUUAGGAAAGAAUCAUGUUCUGACUUUGCAAACGAGAUCAAAAUUGUAUGUCGCGAUUUGCCGUGAGAACGAGAUUUACAUUAUUCUUUAACUGUUGCAUUCGUGCAGGAAUCCGUGUUUUAUAUCCUUCAAAAGAAGAAUAAUAAAGAUGUUGACAGUCCAAGGCUUGUGCAGUCUCUGCUGUGUGGUCCAAUGACCACCCGUAUUUAUACUACCUUAGGUAGACAUAAUGAAUCAUACCUAGAUAUUUAGGUACUGUAAUGAAUAGUAUUUCAUGUAGGUAGAUAUCCUAUGCGGACAACCAUUAGGUAGACACUACAGUCCUUUCCCCUUUAGAAAACUUCAAAAAAUAACAUUCAUCACCAAAAUAAUGAUGGCACAAAUAAACUGACAAGUCUGUCACUUUCAAAGAACACAUAUGUUCGCUAACAAAACUACAACAAUAAAAAGACGAUUUUGCUAUCCAAACAUCGGUAACUUUACCAAAAAAUUACAAAUAACACAAAUCCAUUCACCAAAACAAACAUAUGACAAUUCCGCCACAAAAGAACAAUUUCGUUCACCACAAAAAAUAACAUUUCGUUAUUACCAAAACAAAAAGACAAUUUCGUCAAUGCAACAUCGGCCAAAAAGAACAAUUUGUUAUUACAACAACCUGAAAACCAAAAGGAAAUAAUUUCGGAAUAACUCAAAAGAAAUUGCACGUUCCUUGAUCCUCGUCGCCACUUUUAUAUCCUUCAAAAGAAGAAUAAUAAAGAUGUUGACAGUCCAAGGCUUGUGCAGUCUCUGCUGUGUGGUCCAAUGACCACCCGUAUUUAUACUACCUUAGGUAGACAUAAUGAAUCAUACCUAGAUAUUUAGGUACUGUAAUGAAUAGUAUUUCAUGUAGGUAGAUAUCCUAUGCGGACAACCAUUAGGUAGACACUACACCGUGUUCAUGCGAAAAAAUAACUGGAAAAAGUGUCCGGGAAGGCACUUGAAAAGCACAAAUCGACAUUUUCGUUAAGAGCCACAUGUCUAUGGAACUGGAUGUCAGGUUUUUUUUUCCUGUUCGGGCUCGUCACUGCGACCAGUUUUAAGAUCUAUUGCAUGCUAAAACCGCUCAGCACUGAAAUGUGUAAGACCUACUUAUAAAUGCAUAAUUUCCAGACCACUUAAAAAAGUGCUUGGAGGUUUAUCACUAUUCCUCUAUUCUUUUAAAUAAAAUCAGGUACAAUGCAUAUGAUUUCAAUCAAAUAUUUUUGAAACAUGUACUGAGUGGACCUGUAGAAAUUCUAUCAAGAAAUUGCUACAUUUUGUGAAAAAUGUUCGAAUAACCUAAUCCCGGGUUAAGGUGAUCAACCAUUGACAUAACAUUUCAAGAUUUCAAUUAUUGAACAGACCAAAUUUGAUGAUGCCUCAUACUAGUGUAUUUUGUAUACUAAAAAUGACUAACAUUGAAAGCAUAAAGGUAGGUAAAAAACUUAUACGUAACAUCAUUUUGAACUCAAAGCUAUGUUCAAUAAGCCUACCAUGAACGAAUAAAAGUGUUUUAUGAGUCAUCUGACAUACAAGGCGUUGAUGGUAAGUGAUUUUUUGAAAGACAUAUUUUACCGAGUUUAAAUGCACUUGAUGUGAUGAUGAUGUAAAAAACAGUCAAUAUUUUUACAUGAAAUCUAACACAAUUGACAUAAACCUCCAAACAAUUUUCAAAUACAUUCAAUACACAAUUGAUUUACGUCAAAAGUUCUUCGAUUGAAACAGAAUUGUAGCGUCCUGAGCGGUUGAAGCACGUGGCUCCCAUAGUGAUCAACGUCACCCCGCUGAUCAACUACCCCCAGAAUACGGUUCCCUAACCCAAUUUGAUCUCCUUUACAAUAAUUUAAGCCUCAGAUGGCCAGGUUUUUAACUAUUUGCAAAGUAAAAUAACUUAGUUUUAUUCAGAGACUGUAAGUCACCAAGACACCAGUAGCAAGGACUUAAUACUAUGAUUCCUUGAAGUACCAGAGCGCAUAUUCUAAAAUUGAAAAAUAGAACGACACUAGGUGUCGGUUCGGUAGAUCUUACUCCGUAACACAAACUCAAAAGGUGAUCUACCCAUGUGACGGGCUCCGUUAAAGAUCGAGCAUCUUUUAAACCUUCUCAACUAUUCAUCCCUCAACACGGAUCGCCUGUCACCUUGAAUUGGGGUUCCCUGUUUGGAGGACUUCCCUGGAAUGGGGGGUCCGUCCGUAGUGCUAUUCUAAGCCGACAACUACACGGAUUACUAGCGCUUAAUGUGAAUAUAUAACGAAGCCACACCUUGAAUUUUCAAGAGCACAAAUCGGGAGUAAUUCGCGAAUAGGGCGUAACUAACAAAGCAAUAACAAUGUGAAAACAACAACCGAAUUUCGCUGAUCGAAUUUCAAUUCCUAUUUAGAAGUAAUACAGAAUAAUUUAACUUAAAUAAGGUUAAUUGAUACAGUUCUGACAUAGUUUCUUGUUUUUCUAAGAACACUGCACGAAUUUGAUAUUUUUUGCACUAAAAAUUGCAUUUAUUUAAUUACGCCUGAAUUGAUACCUGAGAAUGCUAAUUUCGCCCAAUACUGUUGAUUUCAGUUUCGCCUUUCACUUUCGUAAACAAAACACCAAACAAAACAAAGGAGUAGAAGGCGUAAUUCUUGUUUUUGUUCGUUUGGAAUAGAAUGGGAUUACGCCUUUCACUCAAUCAGUGAUUUUCAAUAGUUAGAAAAGUGAUAUCAAGGAAACUUUGUGAGCAUUUAGAAGACAAAUCUAGCUUCUUUUCACUCCUGCAAUUACUCAAAUUGUGUACAUUUUGUUGGUUACGGCUUUUUCGCUAAUUAUUACGAAAAUCUGAUGAACCGAAUGUCGGCUUGCCCUGAAAAGUCGAUCAAUUGGUUACCCGCUGGUGGUGACCAAACGAUCAACUUUUCAGCGAAAACCAACAUUCGGUUCUUCAGGUUUGUGCUCUUGAAAAUUCAAGGUCAAUUCGUCAUGUCUUCACCUUAAUAGCGCUGAAACCUCUAAACUAGGCAUUGAGUAGGAAAGAACACAAUCCUUUUGAAGCAAUUUAGCAGACGUGCACGGAUGAGGUGGCAUUCAAGAAAACACUGUUCCAAACUGACCCGGAAGGUUACGGUAAAAGGUGGGAAAAUGGCUUUUUUAUGCGAUAAUGCUCAUGUACUUUGUAAAGAUUAUAUUACAAGCCGUCAGUUAGUUGUCGUGGAUUUUCAAAUUUAGGGUAACGUUUUUUGUAUUAUGUUGUUCUGUUAUAUAAAUUUCUAAGUCUGUGGUCUCCAGUUUGCCUAAUGGUUAAGACUAUGGAUCGCCAAUCCGGAGACGGCGGGUUCGAUUCCCGUUCCGGUCGAGAAAGUUUUGUCGACUCCCCGGGCAUAAUGUAUCAUUGUACUUGCCUCACAAUAUACAAAUUCAUGCAAUGGCAGGCAAAGAUAGCCCUUCAAUUUAUAAUUGUGGAAGUGCUCAAAGAACUAAGUUGAAGCGAGGCAGGUCAAGUCCCGGGGGGAGGUAGAGCCAUAAAGAAGAAGAAGAAUUACUAAAGUCGCUUUAUUGAAAAAUGUUGUUUUUAAACAUUGUAUAUGGGUAAUGAAAUAGUUGGGGGCAUCCAUUUAGUAAGUCACGCUAAAUUUUGGAUUUUUUUUUUUUUUUUAAUUUUGUCAACCGACGUAGACUAGUACAUUUACAUAUACAUAUUUUUUGUUUCUUAAUGCCCCCCCUCCCCCCUUCGUACGGGUUUUCCGUAUACCUAAUACAUUACUUGUCACACUUUCCGUAACCCCUCUCCCCCUAUGGGCGUGACGUACUUUAUGGAUGUCCCCUUAUGUUAUUAAUUGCUGUUUAGGGAGCAUCCAUUAAGUAUGGUAUGUGGGGGCAAGAUGGGUCAGGGGGCAAGAUGGGUCAGUACCGUUUUCAACCUUACUAUAUAUUUUUUGAAUCUUUCAAUAAUUUUCCCAGAUGAACGAAGUGGAUACACAAAAAAGUGAUAGAUUGUUUUGAAAAUUCUUUACGUUCCUUGCACAGGAAAAAAUGAAAUAUUUUUUCGUUAUACUCCUUAUGCUAUACAUUCCAUAUAACUACGUGUACUGUGUAAACGGGGCAAGAUGGGUCACCCUAAUUUUUCGGUAUGUUUGCAUAGUUUUUGAAAAUGUUUUAUUCUUCAUUGAAAGGCUAUUCUGUGACCUACAUUAUCGAAGCAAUUAGAGCACUGAGAGUUUGUGAAACUAUUUUUGAAAUUUUCCUACAAAAAAUAUAGGUUUUCAAAGUCCGUUCAUGGCUACCUGAACAAAAAUCUUCUAGUUCUGAGAAUAAUCUACCGAUAUGUUUCAACACUUUUUUCAUGUAAUCUUUACGUCUGUGAAGCUUAGAUGUAUAGAGAAAAAAUAGAAGAUAUAGUAUUUUUUGUUGGAGAAAAAUCGAGUUUUCUGAUAGCUGACCCAUCUUGCCCCCGUAAAAAUGAGGUGGGGCAAGAUGGGUCAUGUUUUGAAAAUUGCUUGUCAAGAAGCAGGUUUCAAACUUUAUGACCUUUCUAUACUUUUAUAUCAUAGCUGACUAGUGUAUCUGAGAGUCGUGGUAGAAUACAGAGAAAUACGAUUUAUAUUCAGAAAGUUAUAGGGGUCCAUUUCUUAGGUGACCCAUCCUGCCCCCAC